AUACAAGAAAAGAAAAUAUAAGAAUAACAAAUUGAAAUAUGGAUUACGGUCAAGGAAACGGCGGUGGCCCAUACCAGUCGAUGGAGGGCUACGGAAUGUCAGCCCCUGACGGACAGGCCCCGGAAAUGGGCCAAGAUUAUAUGCAGUCACGUGGUGGUUAUGGCGGCGGGAUGCAGUCCUAUGACGACGGCAGGAACUGCCAAGGCGGCUCCGCUUCCUUUGGCGGUCCUGGUUACCGCAGCCCACUUCGUUAUUCAAAGGUCUUGAGAGAGAUGAAUUCCCGCAAUGGACUCUACUCGCCAACGGAUCAGCGUUCGGGCCGUGGCAAUGGCGACUACUACAACUCGCUCCCCGGCAUAGGCGGUCCCGAGGGUCAGAUGUAUGGCCAGCCCCGCCAGGGCGGCAAUCCGUAUUACUAGUCCCUAGUGUGGAUUCGACUCAACAAUUGUUACCUUUGACUUGCUUUUUUAUAAUAAACAAAUAAAAUGCUCAGAUGUCAAUA